AUCCGAAGCUCUGAAACCCAAGCGCGAGCCGAGUCGUGAGGCAUCUAGUAACGUUGGUUAAUGUUAAUGUAGUAACCAUUACCGCGCUGUGUACUACUCGUUUUUUGUCCACUCUUACUAAUAUUUGUUGUUAAAAAUUAUAAUACGUUAUAUUUGUUAAUAAUUUGAGCCACGCAUUGAUGAUGGCUUCUGACGAGGAAGUUGAAGAUAAUUACGCGGGGGAAGAAGACGUUGAUGAGAGCAGUACUCAGGUAACGGCUGUUAACCCACCGCCUGAAGGUUCUUCUGAUGCUGAGGAUGCUCAAAGACCUGAGGAAGAUGACGAUUAUGAGCCAGAGGAACGUAAGAAAAAGAAAGGAAAAAAGAGGAAAGCUAGAGGUGAAGAUAAAAAAGGGAAGAAAAAGAAGAAAAAGAAAAAAUCAGACUCUGGAGAUGAGAGCGAUUUUGGAGCAGAAGUUGCUGGUGAAGGAGCUGGUGAAGACAGUGAUUAUGCGAGUAAUCGCAAAAGCAGAAAAUCAUCAUCGAGAAAAUCAUCUGGCCAUACAUCAACCACACCUGUACAGCAGGAACCAGCCACUGGAAUGCCAACGAUAGACGAAGUUUGCAGUACAUUCGGUUUAACUGAUAUACCGAUUGACUACACUGACGCCGAUUUCCAGAACUUUACGACUUACAAAUUGUUUCAACAACACGUGCGACCUCUUCUGGCGAAGGAGAAUCCAAAGGUGCCAAUGUCCAAGUUGAUGAUGUUGGUAGCUGCUAAAUGGCGUGAUUUCUCGGAAUUAAAUCCUCAUACACAACCAGAUUCUGAAGUGUCAACACAUAACGCUGAUGAAGAAACCAGAAGCGUUAGACCAAAUCGCGGUGCGCCAAUUCAAGAAGUGGAAGAAGAUGAGGACGAUGAUGAGGACAGUGAUCGCAAGAAAAAAUCACGUGGUUCCCGUGCUAAGAAAGGCAAGAAAGCGUCCAAAGUACCCACACUUAAAAUAAAACUGGGCAAACGUAAACGUGGAAGCUCUGAUGAAGAAGCAGAAGGUAGUGCUGCAGGUUCUGACCGAGAUUCUGACGUAGAGUUUGAGCAAAUGUUAGCAGACGCUGAAGAAGUGCCCAGCACAGAAAGUAAUGCCAAGGGUAGCGAAGAUGUGGCCGCAGAACCACCAGCUGAGCCUCCAGUUCGCAGGAAGGCCAAGACAAAGAUUGGAAAUAAGUCGAAGAAGAAGAAGAAAACGAAGACGACGUCUAAAUUCCCAGAUGGAGAGACUGAUCACCAGGAUUACUGUGAAGUAUGUCAACAAGGUGGUGAAAUAAUUCUCUGCGACACUUGUCCGCGUGCUUAUCACUUGGUCUGUUUGGAGCCUGAGCUGGAAGAGACUCCAGAGGGAAAAUGGAGCUGUCCGCACUGCGAAGGCGAAGGUAUUACAGGUGCCGCUGAUGAUGACGAUGAACACAUGGAGUUCUGUCGUGUAUGUAAAGACGGCGGUGAAUUGUUGUGUUGCGACAGCUGUACAAGUGCUUAUCACACCCACUGUUUGAAUCCACCGUUGUCAGAAAUUCCUGAUGGUGAUUGGAAAUGUCCACGAUGCUCUUGUCCGCCGAUAAUGGGUAAAGUAUCGAAAAUAUUGACAUGGCGAUGGAAAGAGUGUCCAGAGAGUCCAUCAGAAGAGCCAUCAACGAGUAAAGCUGCUCCAAAGCAACGGAGAAUGCGUGAGUUCUUUGUAAAAUGGGCUGAAAUGUCUUACUGGCAUUGUGACUGGAUAAGUGAAUUACAACUUGAUGUAUUUCAUCCUCUCAUGUUUCGUAAUUACUCACGUAAGUAUGAUAUGGAUGAACCGCCAAAACUAGAAGAGCCACUCGACGAAAGUGAUUCACGUUCAAAACGUAACAAGCGCGAUUGUGCUGAAAAUAAAGACAGUUAUAACUUAGAAGAUCGUUUCUUCAAGUACGGUAUCAGACCCGAGUGGCUGAUAAUACAUCGCGUUAUCAAUCAUCGUCUACAGAGAGACGGACGCGCAACAUAUUUAGUUAAAUGGCGUGAUCUUGGAUACGAUCAGGCAACUUGGGAAGAUGAGAAUGCCGAUAUCCCGGGAUUCAAACAAGCUAUAGAUUAUUAUUUGGAUUUACGUGCGGCAAAUUGUGCUGACGGACAUACCUCGAGAAAGGGCAAAAAAGGUAAAGGUAAAAAAUCUAAAACACGGGAAUUAAUUGAUGACGAGGAACGACAGCCAAAACGAUACACUCCGCCGCCAGACAAACCUACAACUGAUUUGAAGAAAAAAUUCGAACGUCAGCCCGAUUACUUAGACGUCACUGGUAUGCAGCUCCAUCCUUAUCAAUUAGAAGGUCUCAAUUGGUUGCGUUACUCAUGGGGUCAAGGUAUCGAUACUAUUCUUGCCGACGAGAUGGGUCUCGGUAAAACUAUACAGACAAUUGUAUUCUUAUAUUCGCUGUACAAAGAAGGUCACUGUAAAGGGCCGUUCCUUGUUUCCGUUCCACUUUCAACAAUUAUAAAUUGGGAGCGUGAGUUUGAAACAUGGGCACCUGAUUUUUACUGCGUUACAUAUGUCGGUGAUAAAGACAGUCGUAUUGUUAUUCGUGAAAACGAAUUGUCAUUUGAAGAAGGUGCUGUACGAGGUGGUCGCGCAUCUAAAAUACGUUCAUCGUCAAUUAAAUUUAAUGUACUGCUCACGAGUUACGAACUUAUUUCUAUUGAUUCAGCGUGUUUGGGAUCUAUCGACUGGGCUGUGUUGGUUGUUGACGAAGCUCAUCGUCUCAAAUCCAAUCAAUCGAAAUUCUUCAGAUUACUAGCAUCUUACAACAUUGCUUACAAAUUAUUACUAACUGGUACACCCUUGCAAAAUAAUCUUGAAGAAUUAUUCCACUUGUUGAAUUUCCUGUGUCGUGACAAGUUCAACGAUUUGUCGGCAUUCCAGAAUGAAUUUGCUGAUAUUUCAAAAGAAGAGCAGGUUAAAAAAUUACACGAAAUGCUUGGGCCCCACAUGUUGCGUAGAUUGAAAGCCGAUGUGCUAAAAAAUAUGCCAAGUAAAUCAGAAUUUAUUGUACGUGUUGAAUUGUCACCGAUGCAGAAGAAAUAUUACAAGUAUAUAUUGACGAGAAACUUCGAAGCAUUGAAUCCAAAAGGUGGUGGUCAACAAGUAUCACUCUUAAAUAUUAUGAUGGAUUUAAAGAAAUGCUGUAAUCAUCCGUACUUAUUCCCCGCGGCAUCACAAGAAGCACCAACUGGUCCAAAUGGUAACUACGAAGGAACGGCAUUGAUUAAAGCAGCUGGUAAAUUAGUUCUUUUAAGUAGAAUGUUAAAAAAAUUACGGGAUGAUGGACACCGUGUUCUUAUAUUCUCACAAAUGACGAAAAUGUUGGAUAUAUUGGAGGAUUAUUUGGAAGGCGAAGGUUAUAAAUACGAAAGAAUAGAUGGUAAUAUAACGGGUACACAGCGACAAGAGGCUAUUGAUAGAUUUAAUGCUCCAGGUGCUCAACAAUUUGUAUUUUUACUGUCAACACGUGCCGGUGGUCUUGGUAUUAAUUUAGCAACAGCUGACACUGUGAUAAUAUACGAUUCUGAUUGGAAUCCCCACAAUGAUAUUCAAGCAUUCAGUAGAGCACACAGAAUCGGUCAAGCCAAUAAAGUUAUGAUUUAUCGAUUUGUAACUCGUAAUUCCGUUGAGGAACGUGUUACCCAAGUUGCCAAACGUAAGAUGAUGCUUACACAUUUAGUUGUAAGACCUGGUAUGGGUGGUAAAGGUGCUAAUUUCAGUAAACAAGAGUUAGAUGAUAUAUUGCGUUUUGGUACUGAAGAAUUGUUCAAAGAAGAAGAAGGUAAAGAAGACGAAGCUAUUCAUUAUGACGACAAAGCUGUUACUGAAUUGCUCGAUCGUAGUAAAGAGGGUAUCGAGCAAAAAGAGAAUUGGGCAAAUGAGUACUUAAGUUCAUUUAAAGUUGCCUCUUAUGUUACUAAAGAAGGUGAAACUGAGGAAGAAGCUGACACGGAAAUUAUAAAACAGGAAGCUGAGAAUACAGACCCAGCUUACUGGAUUAAAUUGCUCAGGCAUCAUUACGAACAGCAGCAAGAGGACAUGGCGAGAACACUCGGCAAAGGUAAACGUGUUAGGAAACAAGUCAAUUACAAUGACGGUGGUGUGACGGGCGACCAGGGUGCCCGCGACGAUCAACCUUGGCAAGAGAAUUUGUCGGAUUACAAUAGCGAUUUCAGUGCACCCAGUGAUGAUGACAAGGAGGAUGAUGACUUUGAUGAGAAAGGUGACGGUGACUUGCUGUCGCGUCGUAGUAGACGUCGUUUGGAACGACGUGAUGAGAAAGACAGGCCAUUGCCACCUUUACUUGCGCGUGUUAAUGGAAAUAUUGAGGUACUUGGCUUUAAUGCUAGACAACGAAAGGCAUUCUUAAAUGCAAUAAUGCGUUACGGUAUGCCGCCUCAAGAUGCCUUCAAUUCGCAAUGUAGGUUGGUGCGAGACCUACGGGGGAAAUCGGAAAAGAACUUCAAGGCCUACGUGUCACUCUUCAUGCGUCAUCUGUGUGAACCUGGUGCAGACAACGCUGAAACAUUCGCCGACGGAGUACCACGUGAGGGUCUGAGUCGUCAGCAUGUACUCACUCGAAUUGGUGUCAUGUCAUUGAUUCGUAAAAAAGUACAAGAAUUUGAACACAUAAAUGGUUAUUACUCGAUGCCGGAGAUGAUUCGUAAGCCAGUUGAGCCAGUUAAAACUGAUGCCAAUGCUGCUGCUGCUGCUGCUGUUGUUGCGGCAGCUACAACGGCUGCAGCUACUGUAGCGUCAGCGACUGCAGCUGCCACUACAACAGCUGCUACUCCAGAAGCUGCAAGUACAACUGCAACAAGCAGCAGUAAUGCAACUCCUGCGACUUCAACAGCACCCAGUCCCACUUCUACGGCAACAUCAACGUCUGCGUCGACAACUCCAGCGCCUACGCCUAUCGCGAGUUCAGCAACGGCUGCUGAUGCCAAAGCAGCUGACGCUGCUGACGGUAAAGACGGCAAGGAUGAGACGAAAGAUAAGGAUCCGAAGGAGAAUAAAGACGAAACUAAAGAUCCUAAAGAGACGACAGAAGUUACGGAUGAUAAGGAAAAUAAAGAUAAGGAGGAUGAGGCCAAAAAGGAUAAAGAAAAUGAAGAAUCAGUAGAUAAAGAUAAAGAUAAAAGUGACGGUAAGAAUGACAAAGAUGCUGUUAAGCCAGAAGAAAAAACCUCGAGUGAACAGAAAGCUAGUGUUGAUGCUGAUGAAGAUGUUGUCAUUGUCAAAGAUGACGAUGAGGAGGAAAAGAAAGAUGAUAAAAGUAGCAAUAAAGAAAAAGAUACUAAAGAGAGUGAGCCGGAGGUUAAACCUAAGCGCAAAUUUAUGUUCAAUAUUGCUGACGGUGGUUUCACUGAGUUACACACACUCUGGUUGAAUGAAGAAAAAGCCGCGGUACCUGGUCGUGAGUAUGAAAUCUGGCACCGAAGACACGACUACUGGCUUCUGGCUGGUAUUGUCACGCACGGAUACGGCCGCUGGCAAGACAUUCAGAACGACAUUAGAUUUGCUAUCAUCAACGAACCCUUUAAAAUGGACGUUGGUAAAGGCAACUUUUUGGAAAUAAAAAAUAAAUUCCUAGCACGGCGUUUCAAGCUCCUUGAGCAAGCGCUGGUUAUUGAAGAACAAUUAAGGAGAGCUGCGUAUCUCAAUCUAACUCAAGAUCCAAAUCACCCGGCGAUGAGUUUGAACGCUAGAUUUGCGGAAGUUGAGUGUCUUGCAGAGUCACAUCAGCAUCUCAGCAAAGAAAGUUUGGCUGGAAAUAAACCAGCUAAUGCAGUACUGCACAAAGUUCUUAAUCAAUUGGAAGAAUUGUUGUCGGACAUGAAAUCAGACGUCAGUCGCUUACCUGCAACACUUGCACGUAUACCACCAGUUGCACAGCGGCUUCAAAUGUCCGAACGGUCAAUUCUUAGUCGAUUGGCUGCUACAGCACCUGGUGCUGCCAAUAAUCAGACUGGACAAGCUGCACUACUGGCUCAACAAUUCCCAGCAGGAUUUUCUGGAGGUCAAUUACAAGCUACUUUUGCUGGUGCUGCUAACUUUGGUAACUUUAGGCCACAAUAUUCUGUACCGGGACAACCACCUCAAGGUUUUACAGCUUAAAUGUAAUUAACUCGACCUAAUUGGCAAAUGAUUGAUAGAAGAAAAAGGGAAGGAAAAAAACAAGGCCCGUCAACAAUAAAUACCCAAUAUUAAAUAAAUGAUAUAUGAAGAUUACGACGAUUAACUAUUAUUAGUAAUGAUCAAGUGAAUUUUUUACGCGGGCUGUAAUUUUAUUUUUGUUAAUUAAAGUCACAGUGACUAGUUGAAUUUUUUCACUAGAUAAGGACCUAAGAG